AUGUGUUAGCGUUCGCGGUCCCCCUCUAGUGGCCGGCCGGUGAACAGCUGCUCUGCGCUCACUCUAGCGGCGGGCGAGAGAACGUCUCCCGCCUACAGGCUUCUCGCGACACGCUCUGCAUCUGUGUUUGUCCGCCUCAAAUCCAAGGGAGACGAACGAGGCGCCAUCUUUCGUGCGUUUCUCCCUGCAACGAUGAGAAAAUGAUCUCGAAACCGGUGGUCCAUGCCACCUCCAAUCUGUAAAUAAAGGCGUAUAUGAAAAGAACUCGUAUCCGAGCAAAACAUCGAUUCAUAAUAUACAGAAAAAAUUAUACAUUUGCUAUCCAUAAUCCACUGAAGGGGACGGCAGCGGCAAGGUGUUGUCUAGUAUCAACCAUUUCGUGAUUCCGGAGCCGACAGCGAAAAGGGUUCCUGAAACCGGGGUGUUUUUCACGAAGCGGACGCGGAUAUGGCAAAGGCGGCGGGGCUGCUUGACCAAACGGCUUAUCUCGGGCUUUGGUGACAUUAUCGUGCGAUUGUGGAGGAAUAGUUGCCGAAAUUCCCUCGGAUCGCGCGCGCCUGUCACGUGGCUGUGUAGGUGGGCUGGAGUGAAGGUUUGGAGGUGCAGGCUGCCGUGUCCAUUCCUUGGCCCUGCAUGGCUGCGAUGGCGCCCGCUCUGACUGACGCCCCAGCCGAAGCCCGCCACAUCCGCUUCAAACUUGCCUCUCCCUCAUCCACCCUGUCCCCCGGCAGCACCGAGAACAACAGCAACGCCAGUAACAUCCUUAUCUCUGACUCAGUUUCGGACUCUGCCGGUAGCCACACCAACGGCAAGUGUCACAUCAACGCCGACGACGGACAGAACUUCGCCCAUUAUCACAGCGUCAAGGAUCAGGAGCAGGACCCCCUUUCUAAAGCCCCGUCUCUGGGCAAGCUGGCACCGUACUUGUGCUCUGAUGUCAAACCAUUGCCCUCGUCCACCAAAGUCAAGGAGUCACUGAAGCUGCAAGGUGUCCUCAUCAAGCAGUCGGUGCUAAAGAGCCACGGCCUGCUGAGCAGCUCCAUAUUCCCCAGUGCUGCUGCAGGCAGCGACUUCCUGCUGCGCAAGCGCCACGCACUUGAGCUGACUGGAGGUCAACUGAAGAGUCUGGUCAACGGUACCGGAGCUGGAAGUACCAUGGUGCCUGUGAACGGACUCUCCAAGAAAGUGGCCGUACCUAGUGCCGCCGUGGCUGAGAAAGGCAGUGUGGCCACAGUGAAUGGAGACAGCAACCAGCCUUCCACCAAUGGGGAAGCGCUGUUAUCCGUGUCCUCGAAGUCUGUUGGUACCUUUGCAACCGGUGGACAGAAUGGCGAUGUGAAGCCACAACAGAAUUUGACACCAAGCAUUCAAGGCGUGUCAUCACAAAGGGAGCUCACGGCUUUGUCUGAAAGUGCAGAGGUUAACGCAGAACCGGAGAGUCCCGUUGGUGGAAUGGUAGUCGAAACAAACAGUAACAAUGUCGUCGACUGUCCCUCGUCCCUUAGCUCUUCCCCAGUCCAUGAUGACUCAUCCCCUUCAACUCCCAACCUGGAGGCUCUGCUCUGGGAUCGGGCUCAGCAGAGCCAACACAGGCAAACGGACAUCGAAGGCCGCCUGCUGCGUCUUCGCAAGCGGCUGCAGGUGGUGCAGGCCAAGCAGGUGGAACGGCAUUUCAAACAGCAACUUGCUGGUUUUCUGGACCGCACUUUGACCCCGACAUCUAGCCGCAGGGCGGAUCCAGGGGCGUGGAGAGGGUCUCGCGCUUCCGUGGGCACCCACGCACAUAACCUGAGUCGGUUUUUGAAGGGUGGUAGGGUGGCUUUGGAACUGGAUCAACUGCAUCUCAGCGGCACCACGCAUUUGCGAGUGACAGAGGCUCAGUUUGACUCGGACGCUACCGAAAGCAGUUCGGGAGGAGAGAGUGACAUCGAGGAGGAGGAGCUUACCAGAGCGGAUGUUGACCAGCGUCAUAUUAAACUAUGGAGAAGAGCAGAAGGGCGCUUUGCCAGGGAAAGAGCCACAAUCAUCAGUCACUGGACAUGGCUGCAGGCUCAGAUAUCAGACCUGGAGUACCGCAUCCGACAGCAGGUUGAUGUCUACCGCCAGCUCCGCGCCAGCAAGGGUCUUGUGGAGCUGGGAGACUCCGCCCCUUCCUGCCAGAGAACCGAGACUAAUGAGAAUGUCCUAACCUCAACAGCAUCCCAUAAUUUCACAGAAUCCCAGUCUCGAUUGACAGACACAUCUGAGAAUGACAUGUCCGUUAGUAGCGUGACCGAAAUGUCCGGCACAUGCCCAUCAAAUCUGGACAGCAGCUGUACCUCCGCACGAACACGCCCACUGUUGACCUGCAGGAGACGACGUCUUAUCCACCCGAACACUGUCCACAACGGCAAGGUUCAGAGAGUGUCUUUUUCACCUUUAUGUGUGUGUGAAGUCAAUGGAUCAUGUGUCAUGUGUGGCGGUGCUCCUCCCCUCUCCAAACCAGACUUACCAUUUGAUCGCCCUCUGCUGGAGAGAGUCGCACAUCAAGACCGCAGCAUCCACCCCGUUCUGUCCAUGCAAUCAGCGCCAAAGGUGGUGAUGGAUGCAGGCAGUCCGUGUCCUUCUCUGUCCAGCCUUCACUCCUCCAACACCAGUCCCCUGACCAGACAGCUCUCCCUCCCCGUUGAGAGCAGCACUCCUCUGGGAAACAGCAUGUCUCUGUUGUUCAGAUGGAGGGAAGUGGACAUUUUAGCCAAACCACUGGCAGAGGAAGACAAUAACAUCCCGGUGGAGAACCUAUCAGAUGCCUCGUUCACUAAACUCCACCAGCCGUUAGAGGAGCAGGAGCGCUCGCGCUGGCGAUGGACAGCUCUCGCACCCGGCAAGAGGAGAGGCAGCAGGUCCUAUAAAUCCCUGGACGGGCGAACAACACCAUCAAUUGUGGGAACGAAUCCUCCGACGCCUCAGCCCUCAUCCCCGGACGCAAGUCACUUUCACAUCCUGCAGGACUACGGGCCGGUGCCGUCACCCCUGAGCCCCCCCAGCCCUGACACGCCCUGCUCCCGUGACGCACACACACCUCACACCAGAGACACACACAGACUGCUGUACAGCGAAGACACGUGCGGUUCCACUUCAGACUGCACCUUUGAGGAGACGGUNNUCCAGCCCUGGGAACCCAGGAGUUUUCCUUUGUCUGAGGACCCGAUAGUGGAGCCCGAGAUGGACCAGAAUCAACUGAGCUUUCCUACAGGCCUCCGAGACAACGCCCACUGCAGGGCGGAGUCAGAGAGUGACGCUUCCUCGCCGUGAUGAUGAACUGAUUAACUAACAGGAACGACCUUAAAACCACACCUCUUAUGGCAUUAAUUGAGAAAAAAAACUCAUACUAAUCAAAAAAAAAAAAAAAAAGAUUCUGUCGGGACUUCUGUUGUUUGAUAUUCAAACAUCAGCCAAUUAUUUUCACAGUUUUUAGUGAAUAUUACCGAACAUAGAAAGCUAAACCUGUCUUCUAACUCUUUCCUCAGAAGAAAAAUGUAAACGAGAUGUAUGAAAGUUGUUUCCAAAUGUUUUCAUAGUCAGCUAAAUAUAUCAUUGGGACUUAGUGUGGUAUUCUAACCUGUCAGGUGAACACUAUGUAGUGCACUGUGUAGCAGACUUAAGAGGGCUUGACCAAAGGGUGCCUCUCUGCUGACUUCUAUAUGUAUGCUUGUGUUGUGAAGUGACAAACCAAAACCUGACAAAAGUACUUGUCCGCAUUAUUCUUGGUUGAUGGUCACGUACCAAGCAGAGAUAUUUUCCUCAGUUAAAAAGCACUUCACAGGGCGUCAAUAUCUUGCUCUCUUCCUUGACCCUCUCUUUUGCUGUUUCUUUUUAAUUAUUUCCCACCAGCAUAUGAAUUAUUGCUAUGCUGAUGUUCAUGGCAUCAUGUAUCACGUUACUGGAGAAAUUGCAAGCUCUGCAAAACGAAGCCGUUAGUGCAAAUUAGUUUGGCUCUCACACUUCGGCCCUUACAUGUUCCAGGCUUUUUCUACAUCAUCUGUUGAGAUUGUUCUUUGUAUUCCUUUUUAAAGGAGCCAGAUGCUUCACACAGACCUGCCCUUCUCAGGUUAUGCAGUUGUUUGGAAACUUGUGUUAACAAGGCAUCUGUUUUCCUUCACUUUGUCAGCGUGACUCCAUAUUAGUGUUAACACUAUUCAGCACUGUCGCCCCUUCGAGAAUCUACUUGCUAUGCAACUCAACAUUAUUUUUGUGGCCCUGUCCUUUUCUUUUUCAUACAAUCACAAUGUCUUUUUUAUUUCUUUGAUGUGACUUUCUCUUCAUAGCUGUUUGAGACAGGUUUCAUUGUAAUUCAGACUGUUUCAGAUGUUAAAUCAUUUGCAGAAAAAAAGAAAAAGAAAAACACCCUUUUGUAAAUAGUACCAUUAAAACAAAUCAAACUCCAUUUAGAUUGUAAAUCUCAUCACUGUGUGCUGUAACACACAAAACAUUUUCCAUAAAACAACAAACCCAUAUUGCUUCUGUAAUGUAAUGUUUCUGACACCUCAUCUACAUCGGAAGCAAGUGUUAAAACUGAUGCUACAGUUUGGCUUGUGCUACUCCUGACAACAGGGAAAAUGGGUUUUCAGUGGUCACUAGUGCAGACAUGUUGUGAAAGAAAUUGCAUAUUCAGCUAUGAAGAAAAUAGCAGGAUUUUAUCCAUCAGGAGAUAAUUAGAUCGUGUAGAGUUUACAUAGUAGUAUGGAGCCAUACCUGAAUGCUUGCAAAUUAUUAUGGAGGACCACAGGCAUAUUCACACCAAGUACAAUAACUAUAAAGAUUUGAUUAUUCUAAUUCUAUGAGAAUAGCCAAUACCACUAUUCUCAUAGAAGGAAUGAAAAAACACUGACAGCCAAUCAGAAUCCACCAGACAUUAAAGAG